AGCCUUUCAGGGACGAGCUGCACUCACUUUUAGGAAGCGAGGGUGCUUUGGGAGACAGGUGGCACGGCAUCGGAUUGAAUUUACAUGAGACCAUAGUGCCAUAAUUUAGUUUCAGCCAAAGAAAUGGUAAUGGGGAAGAAAGUCUCCAUCGCUCGGGAGGUCUACUGUAGGGAAGCAGAUAUCCAGUUUGAAGACGAGGGAGAAACGGUUGGUGUCGGUCCAGUCACCGUCAAAUUCCUUCAGAGAUUUUCAGGACACGGGCUGAGUCGUUCUGCGUAUAUAGACUCCUCUCGCCUCAGGAAGACCGUCUGGCUUCUCGUCUUCGUCAUCGCGUCGGGUUACAUGGUCUCCGGAAUCAUCGACGUACUCAUGGCGUUCAUAGAUUUCAAGUACGGGUCUUGUCUCACAUUCAACUUCAACGGAGCAAGGGAAGGCCACCGCAGGGAAAAGGGGAAAUCAUCUUCAACCAACGGCAUGAGAAUCACCGAUGGACUUCAACUGAUACUGACAUCUCGUGUCGCGAACAGAUUCCGUCUCCUAAUUCACCCUCCUGGAAUACAAGACGAUAAUGAAUUGGAAAAAGGAUAUGAGGUAAAUUUGGGAACGAUUUCUCAUGUCCCCACCAAGAAGGUGGUGUUGCAGCGCCUUCUUCCAAACGAAGGUGGAAAUUGUGCCCCAGAUACCUACCUCGAGAAGCGAUUUGACAUGAACAUGUUCGACCUUGAAUACAAAUACGCCAACGAUUUCAAUGAGGUUUGCCGGCUAAUGUGUCUUGCAGACCGGAUGAAAAAUGACUCUACCGACCUAUGCUGCUUCUCAACGUCCUUCUGGCCAGGCUUCAUGAAGGUCGAUAAAACGUGCCAUAAAACGUGGGAAAGCGGUGCAUGCUACAAUUUCACAAAGGAAAAGGUGCCCAAGGAAUACUUCUCAGAAGGGUUCUGCGAUUGUCCUCCUGUAACUUGCUUAGAAAAUCUUGCAGUGGUGAACGUCUAUUAUGAGACCUUUGCUGUGGAGAUAAUUACGGAACACCUUCAAUAUCCCUGGUCGACCUUCAUCGGUAUGUUGGGAGGGAUACUGGGUCUCUACACUGGUCUGUCCUUCAUCUCGAUUCUGGAAGUGAUGGAAUGGAUUUUCAACAUCAUCUUCCAUGGUUGGAGGAAGCCUCGGCACGAGGCGAUGGGGCCCAAGCGACGAGUCCUCAUCACCUGGACUGACAAAAAAAGUGAACCGGAGUUCAGGGGUCCCCUCGUCUACACCCUUUCGCCUCUCAAGGAAACUCAGAAUGCUGGUUUCGAUCUUGCCUCUGCUCAGCGACCAUCUUAGAAAGAAAUUUGCACCAUGUACUCGUC